AAAAAUCGUUCCGCUCAAAAUUUUCAUAAAUUCUUUUUAGUGUCGGUAAAUUUUGAUGUUAAAGGCGUAAACGAGUUUGUGGAAUACUUUUAUAAAUUAUUUGGAUAAGUGUUAAAAUAAAGAAUUAAACAAUGUCCACAGCGGAAACUCAAACUGGUGUCAACACAAAUUUGCAACAGCAGGAUCUUAGCAAUUUGGACAUCAGCAAUUUAACUCCUCUUUCUCCAGAGGUAAUCUCUCGCCAAGCUACUAUUAAUAUUGGUACAAUUGGUCAUGUAGCUCAUGGUAAAUCCACAGUGGUUAAAGCCAUUUCAGGUGUACAAACUGUUCGUUUCAAAAACGAAUUGGAAAGAAAUAUUACCAUUAAACUCGGUUACGCCAAUGCCAAAAUCUAUAAAUGCGAUAAUCCCAAAUGUCCACGACCUGCAUGCUUUGUUUCUGACAGCUCUAGCAAAGAUGACAGUUUACCUUGUACCAGACCCUCGUGUACUGGUCGCUUUAGGCUGAUACGUCAUGUCAGUUUUGUCGAUUGCCCUGGUCACGACAUUCUUAUGGCUACUAUGUUGAACGGUGCCGCUGUUAUGGACGCCGCUUUACUCUUAAUUGCCGGCAACGAAUCGUGUCCCCAGCCUCAGACAUCGGAACAUUUGGCUGCCAUUGAAAUUAUGAAACUGAAACAGAUUUUGAUUUUACAAAAUAAAAUCGAUUUGGUUAAAGAAUCACAGGCCAAGGAACAACACGAAGACAUUACAAAAUUCGUUCAGGGUACAGUAGCUGAGGGUGCACCCAUUAUUCCCAUUUCGGCUCAAUUGAAAUACAAUAUUGAUGUCUUGUGCGAAUACAUUGUUAAGAAGAUUCCCGUACCACAACGUGACUUCAAUGCUCCUCCCAGGCUAAUUGUUAUCCGUUCUUUUGAUGUUAACAAGCCCGGUUGUGAAGUCAACGACUUGAAGGGUGGCGUAGCUGGUGGUUCAAUUUUGUGCGGUGUCCUUAAGGUUGGCCAAGAAAUUGAAGUACGUCCCGGUGUUGUCACCAAGGACAGCGAAGGUAACAUCACCUGUCGUCCCAUCUUUUCGCGCAUUGUGUCCUUGUAUGCCGAAACAAAUGAAUUGCAAUAUGCCGUGCCUGGUGGUUUGAUUGGUGUUGGUACAAAAAUCGAUCCUACCCUGUGUCGUGCUGAUCGUUUGGUGGGUCAAGUAUUAGGUGCUGUUGGUCAAUUGCCCGAUAUUUACAUUGAGUUGGAAAUUUCAUACUAUCUGUUGCGUCGUUUGUUGGGCGUACGUACAGAUGGUGAUAAGAAGGGUGCUCGCGUUGAGAAAUUGCAAAAGAACGAAAUUCUGUUAGUUAACAUUGGUUCCCUCAGUACUGGUGGUCGUAUUAUUGCCACAAGAGGAGAUUUAGCUAAAAUUGUUUUAACCACUCCUGUGUGUACGGAAAAGGGUGAAAAGAUUGCUCUCAGUCGUCGUGUAGAGAAACAUUGGCGUUUAAUUGGUUGGGGUCAAAUCUUUGGCGGCAAAACUAUACAACCCGUUGUUGACAGACAAGCUCCUGUUCCUACAAAAUAAUUUUAAUUUGUCGUUUUAUAUAAUUUAUGUAUUCAAUUUCUUGAUCAAAGUUUUGAAGACAAGCUCCCCCCCCUGCCCAAUGCUACAGAAGGAGGAGCGGACAUUUUUUCAAUUAUAUAUAUAUAUUUACUAUAUUAUUACAACCAAGGUACAGCAGCAGUCCAUUUAACUUUAAAAACGUUCAUCAUUUAUACUAUUGUGGUUUACAAAAACAAACAAGCAGCAACAGGAAAAAAAAGAAAAUAAUUUCUUUGUUUAAUUCUCUUUUUUUAUUGAAAAAUAACUUCAUUGUUAAGA